UAAGCGGUAGGAUUGUGGAGAGGAAGACCGCUGCACCCAAACGGGAGAUGAGGAACAAGGGAGGAAGUGGCGGAAUAGACGGUAGGCUGAAGCAGAGACUGGAGCAGUACUUGAGCUCGCAGGGCAGGCAGUACGUGGACUUGGCAGAGGUAGCGGGAGACCUUCAGAAACGCUACAGACUGGAUUACGGACGGCGGAAUAAAGUAGCUUUCAGGAUCCAGGUAGAGAAAGUGUAUGGCGCUGUCCUUGGCGAGUCGGCUGUGGAGGCUUGGGAGGAAAAGCACUUGGCUAAAAGAGCCAGGAGGAGUCACGACCCCAAGGACGGCGAGACAGAUGAGGAUGAUGAUGAUUCCACCGACAGUGAGAUGGAUCCUCCAGAGCCCCCAUUCUCGGACCAUAUGAACCGGUCGCUGACAACACUGUACAGGAAGGGGGUGCCAGCCCCCGGCGAUAAAGAAGAGAACAUCCUGAUUGACCUCUGCGAGGAGGAUGCCGACAGCCCCCUGAAGCUGACUGACACGUCGACACUGGAGCCUGAGCAGAAAGAAAAGAAAAGUAAAAUGAAAAAAGGGAAAAGGCAGAAAGACAGGGGUCGGCAGGCAGCGGAAAGGGAGCCAUUGGACAGAGGAAAGGAUGCGAAAGUCCAGUCAAGAACCCCAGAGCUUCAGCACCCCACCGUGACAUUUGAGGACAUCGGAGCAAACGAAGAAACGCUGAAGGAGGUGUGCAAGCUGCUGAUCCACAUGCGGCACCCUGAGGUGUACCAGUGUUUGGGCGUGGUGCCCCCCCGUGGCUUCCUGCUGCAUGGGCCCCCAGGCUGUGGGAAGACCCUGCUGGCCCACGCGGUGGCCGGGGUGAGUAAGCAGCUUCUCCUGCUCAGCUUCACCGCGCUGUGGCGUAGCAGUAUGAUGUCGCCCCGGCUCCCUUCCCCGCAGGAGACGGGCCUGCCCCUGCUGAAGGUGUCUGCCCCCGAGCUGGUAUCCGGUGUGUCCGGCGAGUCCGAGCAGAAGAUGCGGGAGCUCUUUGAGCAGGCAGCGGUCAGCGCGCCCUGUAUCCUGUUCAUUGACGAGAUCGACUCCAUCACUCCUAAAAGGGAGGUGGCCUCCAAGGAUAUGGAGAGGAGAAUUGUGGCCCAGCUGCUCACCUGCAUGGAUGACCUGAACUCCCUGCCAGUGACGACACAGGUCCUGGUCAUUGGCGCCACCAACCGGCCAGACUCCCUGGACCCGGCGCUCCGCAGGGCUGGCCGCUUCGACCGAGAGAUUUGCCUGGGCAUCCCUGACGAAGGCGCCCGCCGCAGAAUUCUGGAAACGCUGUGUAGGAAGCUGGCGCUUCCUGAAGGCUUCGACUUCCAGCGGCUGGCCCGGCUCACACCCGGCUUUGUGGGUGCCGACCUCAUGGCGCUGUGUCGGGAGGCGGCUGUGCUCGCAGUCAACCGGGCCCUGUUCGAAAUGGGUUGCAAAGAUGGGGGGGACGGUGUCCUGGGGGCUACAGAUGCCACGGGUGCAGGCCGCCCCGACGGAGAGAAGGUCCCGCCCCCUGCAGCAGGAGCAGCUGGGCAGGAGGAGCUGGCGGAACUCCUGGCCCUCCUGAAGAGCGACUCGUGCCUGUCAGAGGAACAGCUGGCUGGCCUGCACGUCCUCGCCUCGGAUUUUGAGGCAUCACUGUCCUGCGUUCAGCCCUCUGCCAAGAGGGAGGGCUUUGCCACCGUACCGGAUGUGACAUGGGCCGACGUGGGCGCCCUGCAGGACGUCCGGGAGGAGCUCACCAUGGCCAUUCUGGCCCCAGUUCGUUGCCCCGCCCAGUUCAAGGCCCUGGGGCUCAGUGCUCCCGCUGGCGUCCUGCUGGCAGGCCCCCCUGGGUGUGGGAAGACCCUCCUCGCCAAGGCUGUGGCUAACGAGUCCGGCCUGAACUUCAUCUCCGUCAAAGGGCCUGAGCUGCUGAACAUGUACGUGGGGGAGAGCGAGAGGGCCGUGCGGCAGGUAUUCCAGAGAGCACGCAACUCCUCCCCCUGCGUCAUCUUCUUCGACGAGAUCGACGCGCUCUGUCCCCGGCGCUCUGGGCACGAGUCCGGCGCUGGCGUGCGCGUCGUCAACCAGCUGCUUACAGAGAUGGACGGCCUGGAGACCCGGAGGCAGGUGUUCAUCAUGGCUGCCACCAACCGGCCAGACAUUAUCGACCGCGCUGUGCUGCGACCAGGCCGCCUGGACAAGACGCUUUAUGUUGGGCUGCCCCUCCCAGAGGAGCGACACGCCAUCCUGCUGACUCUCACCAAGGGGGGCACCAGACCACCACUGGAGCCUGACGUGAGCCUGGAGGAGGUCGCCCACAAUGGGCGCUGCGACUGCUUCACGGGGGCGGAUCUGUCGGCGCUGGUGAGGGAGGCAUCUGUGAACGCGCUGAGGCGUCACCUGAGCUGCUGUGCAUUCUCUGCAGAACACUCCUUCACCAUCGGGCCCAUGGCGGAUGUCAGGGUCAGCAGGCAGGACUUUGAAGACGCCUUUAAGAAAGUGCGGCCAUCCAUCUCCGAAAAGGACCGGAAAAUAUACGAGGCCCUGAAGGAGUCUCUGAGUAGAUGAAGCAGGGUAUGAUUUCAGAUGGUGCUGGUUUUGUAAUAAAUGUUUUAUUGGACUAA